AUGCCUCCUCGUCGAUCAACAAGAAACAGAGCCAAAACCACCACCAAGAAAUCCGCUCAAAUUCCAGAACGACAAGCAGUUCAAUUCGCUGAGGAAGAAAUUAAAGAGGAAGAAGUGAAGAUUAAACAAGAAGAGAUAACGGAAAAUGAUGAUGAUUUGGAGCAGAGCCGAGAGCAGUUGGAAGGAGAUAAUGAUCAGAAGUUGGACGACAAAUCGUGGGUUGCUGCGUUUGAGAAGUGGGAAUUGGAUGGUGUUUUAGAAGAGAAUUUGAACUUCAUUAGUAAUGAAGGUGCAUACCAGAAUUCUGUUGAAAAAGAGACUGCUGGUGCGGCUGAUGAAGUUGUGAAAUCACCUGAUCAUAUGGAUGACAUUUCCAGAGUGCAAGAAGCUGGUGAUAAUGAAGGAAAUAGUGCUGAUGGUUUGGAAGAUGUUGAAGACACUGCAGAUAACAAUGUAUUGAAAUCACCUGUGCACAUGCAUAAUUGUUCUAGAGUUCAAGAAGGUGGCGAUGAGGAAGGGAAGAGUGCAAAUGAUGUGGAAGAUGAUGAAUACAAUGAAGAUAGCAAUGUCAUCCAAUCACCUGGAUACAAGAAUGACUUUUAUGGAGUCCAAGAAGGUGGCGAUGGGGAAGCAAAGAGUGCAGAUGCAAGGGAGGGAACAGAUAAUGUAAAAGAUGAUGAAUGCAGAAAAGGUACAAACGAUAUGAAAUCACCAGGACAUCUGGAUGACUUUUCUGGAGUUCAAGACAGUGGCGAUGAGGUGGGGAAAAGAGUGGAUAAUGUGGAAGAUGACGAAGAUAACAAUGUCAUUAAAUCACCUGCACUUAUGGAUGACUUUGAUGGAGUUCAAGAAGGCAGCGAUGAGGAAGGAAAGAGUGCAUGUGAAAGGGAGAGUGUAGAUGGUGUAAAAGAUAACAAAGGCAAUGAAGUUAACAAUGUUAUGAAAUCAACAGGGCAUGCGGAUGAAUUUAUUGGAGUCCAAGAUGAUGGUGAUGAGGAACUGAAGAGUGCAGAUGAUAAAGAAGAUGGAGAUGGUGAAGACAACAGAGUCAUGGAAUCACUUGGGCUUUUGAAUGACUUUUCUAGAGUUCAAGAAGGUGGUAAUGAGGAAGGAAAGAGCGCAUGCCAAAGGGAGAGCAUAGAUGGUGUAAAAGAUAAUGAUGACAAAGAAGUCAACAAUGUCAUGAAAUCACCAGGGCAUUUAGGUGAAUUUAUUGGAGUCCAAAAUGAUGAUGAUGAGGAACUGAAGAGUGCAGAUGAUAUGGAAGAUAAUGGAGAUGGUGCAGAUAACAAAGUCAUAGAAUCACUUGGGCAUUUGGACAACUGUACUGAAGUCCAAGAAGGUUGUGACGAGGAAGGGGACAGUGCAGAUGAUGUGGAAGAUAACGAGGGCUGUGAUGAUUCUGAAGAGGUUGAACAUCCUCCUCUAACCAAGCCCGGGAAACUAAAGCAACCAGAAAUCCAUGUGACAACUGUUUAUGUUAAAGGGCUGGUGAAGUCUUGGAAUGUAGAGAAGCUAAAAGAGCUCUGCAAACAGUAUGGCAAGAUCUUAAAUGUCAGGUUACCUCAGAAUUUUGGUGCAAAGCACAAGGAUUUUGGAUUUAUUGUUUUUACUUCUCAUAAAAGUGCACGUGCUUGCGUGGAAGGGAUCAAUAAUGCCCAGCUUGGAGGAGAAACUAAGGUUAAAGCUGACCUUGCCAAGCCAAGAUUUAGAGGUGAGAUGCAGAAGAAAAAGAGAUGGGGUAAACAUCAUGCAAAUAAUGAAGAGGUUGAGACUGAAAUGAAAGGGCAAACUCAUGGUGACAAGUCUAAGGGAACUGGAAACAGAGGAAGAGGUAUCGCUAAAGAAGAGAGUCAGGCUCCUUCACUGUUGAAUAGGACCAAAGUAGGUAAACCAAAAAACCAGCGAACCAGUUUUAGUGAAGGUCAGGAUGCCAACCCAGUAAAAACAGAUGGUAAGAUAAAGAAUUUGCCUCAGAAAACAAAUGAUCGUGGGAAGAGAAAGAUCGACCAUGAUCUUAAUAAGAGGCAAUCAAAGAAAUCUAGAGGAAUUGCUCAAGGUAGGCAAAGCAAUAGAAAUUCAGUGAGAAAACCUCACCGUAAGGAGGGGAACAGUUUAAUUUCUGGAUCCAAGUGGCAACACUCUGAUAUGGAACCCCAUGCUGGAUAUAUAGAACCGGCUAUGAAGAAACCAGCUCGACAUUAUGCACGGUAUGCUGAGGCUGCUUAUGGGCAUCAAGGUCAUUCUCCUGCGAGUUACCUUCAACACGUCUUUCAGAAUCAACGCCAACCUUCUCCUAGAUAUGUCGAACCUGGCCUUGGAAGACAAGCCUUAACUCAUGCAGGAUAUAUUGAGCCUGCUGUAGAAAAGCAAGGCUAUGUUGCAUAUGAUUAUAGUUUGAGAAGCAGAGCUGGUGGGUACACUGGUCAAGGCAGCCAGGGAUCUGCUUAUGUGAGAGGAUCAGCUGUUCCACCUACCUAUGCUCAAAAUCACACAAGCCACAUCGUAUAUCAGGGUGUUGCCAGUGUUAGUAGCUAUAAUGGCAGCGGUGGAACAUACCUGCCUCCACAACAGUACUAUUGA